CACUUUCUAGGUGCGGCGCUAAACUGCCCCUGCCUCAGAGCAGACCUCUGCAAAAUGGGUGUAACCAUGAAGGGUCCUUGUGAGAGGCCUGGGGAAAAUGAAGAUCAGAGGGAAGAGGUGAUAGCACCCGCUGGGUGUUUUGCAGGGGUCCCGGAGGCCGACAAGGAUUCAGAAGCAGAUUCAGACUCUGACCUGGAGACAGAAGGCAUACAUGGACUUAGAGAACCCAUCAGGGAUGCCCUCCACGUGGGGUCUUGCCGGGCCUAUAGCAUUGUGCCCACCAUGUACUUUCUGAACCAAGGCUGUGCCCCAGAAUUGAAGCUGAGGCACCGUGGUCUGGGACCCCAGGGGGCAUGGGCUCUGGCUUCCAUGUUGACCUCCAAUCCCUACAUUAAACGGCUGGAUCUUCAGGACAAUGGGCUCUGUGCGGCUGGUGCAGAGGCCCUGGCCUAUGUCCUGAGCAAAAACAGCAGCAUCUGUGAUGUGGAUCUGUCAGAGAACCAGAUUGGAGUGGCAGGGGCCCAGGCUCUUUGUGCUGCCCUCAAAGUGAACCAGGCUGUGCAGAAGAUACAACUGGCAGGAAAUAGCCUGGAAGAGAAGGCAGCCCAGUACCUUGCUGAACUCUUGCUGGUCCAUACAGGCCUGAAAUCCCUGGAUGUCAGCUAUAACCAGCUGAAUGACCAAGCAGGAGAGACACUUGGACCAGCCUUGGCAGAAAACACAGGACUAACAGAGCUUAACAUAAGCUGGAAUCACCUCCGGGGUCCAGGAGCCAUAGUGUUUGCCAGGGGACUAGAGGCAAAUAUCUUCCUGAAAGUCCUAGACAUCUCUUUUAAUGGUUUUGGAGAUUCUGGAGCUUCUGCAGUGGGUGAGGCCCUCAAGGCCAACAACGUGUUGGAGGAACUCAACAUGAGCAACAACCGAAUCUCUGCAAUGGGAGCCCGGCACCUGGGGUUGGGCCUCCGGGUCAACCAGACACUAAGGAUUCUUGUUGUGUCCAGGAAUCCCAUGCAAACUGAAGGCUGCUCUCAUCUCCUCAAGUCUGUCUGGGACAACCCAGCAUCUGCACUAGAACUGCUAGAUUUCUCUGAUAUGCAGGUGAACAGAGAGUUUGAUGACCUUGCUAGCUCAGUGAAGGUGAUUCUUCCAGGCCUUUGCAUAAAGACUGGUGCUCCCAGAGUGAACUAUAAGAAAGAGUUGCUGCCAGUCUUCAGACCACCCCCACCAGCAUCUGCUCUUAAAUGACUUUGGAAGAUGGCUUCCUCAUCUCCCAAUAAGUCACUUCAGUUUCCACAUGGUGGACUACUGGACUCUUGACACUUGUACCUUCCUCUGCUCCAUGGACCCUGCUAUAAUCUAGGCCUUCCUUUGCCAUAACUCAUUCAUGUAACACAUUGGUGUGGACACAGGGUGAAAGAUGUCCCUGUUCAUCUUCCAUAUGUUCCUGUUUUAGUGACCUUGGAAGAAAAAAUAUGAGAAGGAGUACAUAUCGCACUCCCAAACUACUUGCAAAAAUGCAACUUGUCACAGCCCUUUGGGAAGGCAAUUGUUAUUAUGCACUGAGAGUCAUCAAAUUGUCCGUUUUGAUCCAAAUGUUUGUGUAAUUGUUCUACAGAACUAAUCAGAGAUAUACAAAAAAAUUGUUGCCUGAAGAUGUUCACUGAAAUGCUGUUUAUAAUAAUGAAAUAUGGAAGUAAGUUAAAUGCCCACUAAUUAAGAUUUGGAACUCUGCAAAUGUUAAAAGCCCCAUGCUCAAAAACAUUGAAGAAUUCAUGAAAAUAUACAUGAUGUAAGCGAGUACAUCAAGGUAAAAAACUCCUAUGGUUUUUGGCAUUUCCUCAAAAGUUUAAUCAUAGAAUUACCAACUGAACCAAUAAUUCCUCUCUAUGUAUAUACUCAAGAGAAUGGGAAAUAUAUCAAUGGAAAAACUUUUUCAGGUAUUGUUCAUUGUAGCAUUAUUCAUAAUAUCCAGAAAGUUGGAAUGCUUAUCCAUGGGUACAUACAAUAUGGCAUAUCCAUACAAUGGAAUGUUAUUCAGCAACAAGAAAGAAUUAUGCAGAGAACUGUGGUCUCACCUGCAAUCCUAGCUACUUGGGAGGCUGAGACAGGAGGACUGCAAUUUGGAGGCCAGCCUAGACAAGUUACAAAAUCCUAUCUCAAAAUCAUUUUGUAAUAUAAAUUUUUUAGUUGUUGGUAGGCCUUUAUUUUACUUAUUUAUUUAUAUGCAGUGCUGAGAAUUGAACCCAGUGCUUCACACAUUAGGCAAGCGCUCUACCACAAAGCUACAACCCCAGUCCUCAAAAUAAUUUUUUUAAAAGUUAGGGAUGCAGCUUAGUGGCAGAGCACUUGCCUAGAAUGUGUGAGGCUUUGGGUUCAAUCCUCAGCACCGCACACAUCCAUACAUAAAAAGUGCUGUGUAUGUAGUUCAGUGGUAAAGUGCUUACAUAGCAAGUAUGAGACUGUGUUCAAUCCCUAGUGCUAAAAAAAGAGAAAAAUGAAAUUUAUAUGACAAAAUUUUCUUAAAUUGAUUUUGGUGAUGAGUGUACAAUUCUAUGAAUAUACUAAAAGCAAUUGAAUUGUAUACAGUACUUUGAAAGACAGAAUUUUAUGGUAUGUGAGUAUUAUCUCAACAAAGCUCCUUUCUAAAAAGGAGAAAUUUGAUACAUGCUACAGGGAUGAAACUUGAAAACAUGUUCAAUGAAAAAAGUAAGUCACAUAUAUUGUCAAGAAUAUAUAUGUGAUUUUGUUUAUUUUUAUAUUGAGGAUUGAAUCAGAAGUAUUUUUCCACUGAGCUAUAUCCCCAAUCCUUGUAUUUUUGAUUUGGAGACAGAGUCUCCCUAAGUUAUUGAGAGUCUCACUAAGUUGCUGAGGUUGGCUUUGAACUUGUGAUCCUCUUGCAUCAGCCUCCUGGGUCACUGAGAUUACCCGCAUGCACUAGUACCCUGGAUUGUAUAAUUCUGUUUGUAUAAAAUGUCCAAAAUAAGCAAAUCUUCAGAGAAACAGAGUAUAGGUUGUUUAGGACUAGGGAGAUGGGGGAAUUAGGGGUUGGAAAUUACUGGAUUUGUGUUUCUUUUGAGGAUAAUAAAAACAUUCUAAAUCUGACUAUGAUAAUGUUAUGCAACUCAACGAUGUUGUAGAAUCAAGCCCAGUCCAGUGGUGGGUACUUGUAAUUCUGGGAAGGCUGAAACAAGAGGAUCACUUGAGCCCAGAAGUUUGAGACCAGUCUGGUCAACAUAGUCAGACCUCAUCUAAAAAACAAACAAUAACGUGGACUGGGGUUGUGGUAGAGCUCAGUGGCAGAGCACUUGCCUAGCAUGUGUGAGGCACUGGGCUCCAUCCUUAGGACCACAAAAUGAAUAAAUAAUAAAUAACAAACAAAAUAAAGGCAUUCUGUCCAUCUACAACUACAAAAAAAAAAAUUAAAAAAUAAAUAAAUAAA